UAUCUAGAAGAAUUCUCUGAUUAUGAUUUGUACUAUCCAUCAGAAUCUCUUUCAAUAUCAUUUUUGACAAAAGAAUCUAAUGAUCAUUAUCCUUCAUAUAAUUAUAAUUCCAUAUUAGAUCCUCUUUUAAUAGUUAAUGAUAUUAAUAGUGGUUGUUUUGCUAACAGUUAUUUAGAAGAUCAUAAUUUGGAAAAUCAAGUUCAGCAAAUAGAAACUAAAUUAUUAUUUAUUAAAUAUGAUUUCGAAAAUCGU